AUGUCGGCAGAUGAGUUUGCCACAAAGGCAGAAGUUGAGGAAAUCUUCAAGCGUUUGAAGAAAAGACCUGCAAACCAACAGUGCAAUGACUGUCAAGCCAGUAACCCAAGUUGGACUUCUAUUCCUUUUGGAAUUUUUGUUUGUUUAGAGUGCUCGGGGGAACAUAGAAAUGUUGGUGUUCAUAUUUCUUUUGUCAAAUCAUCUGUGUUGGAUGCUAAUUGGACCUAUAGAGAGUUGCGCUCUAUGAAGAAUGGUGGAAAUGAUUUAUUCAAGGAGUUCUACAACAAAAAUGGCGGUGGGAGUCUGUUAACCACUGGAGUAAAGCAAAAAUACGACAACCCAAUCGCUGUGAACUAUAAAAAGAAGCUAGCUCAAAAGGUGGAGAAAGAUUUUGCCAAAUUUCCUGAUGUUUUAGAUGGUACAGGAUCUGACAACUCCACCCCUGAACCAACAGACCAUCAUGAAGAUUUCUUCAGCAGUUGGUCUAAACCUGCCGUCAACUCUUCUACAUCUUCACUGAACGCAAUCAGCUCAAGAUCGGGCACUCCUCAAUUGCCGCAAAACUCUGCUCCAAAGAGAACUACUGUCAAGACAACUACCACGUCUGGUCCCAAAAAGAAUAUACUUGGAGGCAGCUCUACUAGGAGUAGAGCCCGUCUCGGAGCAAAGAAAUUAAGUGCCAAAGAGGCCAACUUUGAUUUUGAUGAUUUUGAAAAACAGGCUCGUGAGGAAGAAGAGGCUGUCAAAAAGCUAGGCUAUAACCCAGCUGAUUCUUCAAUUGAGUCUGCCUCAACCGCAACAAACUCCAUCACUGCUCCGGUGGAAUCUUCGAAAACUCAAGAUGCCUUCGUAUUGGAACCAUCCUACUCUAAUGCGUCCACUGCUUCUGUAAAGAAAACAACUCAGCAAUUUGCCAAGUUGGGGUUCGGUAUGACUGCCUCCUCUAGCAAUCCCGAGCCAUCUGUUGAAAAGGCAAGUCGUCCAGCAAGACACGGUGCCCUUAAUGAUGAUACUCCAGGUGAGAUUUCUCAAAAGUUUUCUGGACAGAAGGCAAUUUCAUCUGACCAGGUAUUUGGCCGUUCUACUUACGGAGAAGACUCCAAUGCCCGCUCCAAACUUCAAACAGAAUUCAACGGAGCUACUGCCAUUUCCUCAUCUUCCUAUUUCGGACAACCUGAUCCUAAACCAGCUCCAAGCAGAGGUUUGACAGCUAGUAAUUUGGAAGAAAAAGUCUAUGAUGUAUUUGGUGAUGAUAUCAACCAGCUGAAGGACGUGUUGGAAACUGGAGCUGAGAAGUUCAGUUCCUACUUGAGAGACUACUUAAGAAACUGA